UGUGCAUGUGCGUGUCUCCGGCAACCAACACACACACAAAAACUUUUCAACUUCCGGCCAAGUGACUUGGAUUUAAUUUCUUUGGCUACAUCUUUUUUUUUAUGGUCAAGGCAUUUAAUUAAAUUUUACUAUGGCUAUCUAAAGCUAACUUGUGCUGGAUGUCGUCUGGACUGAACUCUGACCCAAGCGGUUAAGAAACACACACACAAGCAAAGCAAAGGGGUCAGGGGUCAAUAAGACCAGAACUGGAAGAAACUUAAGCAAAACAUUAUAAAAAUGUAAUUUGGAUUGCGUUAGAAUUAACAUACUGUGAUAGACGAGUAUACGAGCAGAUUCCAAGUGAAUGCUGCCUAAACAAAAAUACAUAUAUAAAUUAUUGUAAUUCAAUUCAAUUGAAUACUAGUUAAGACUACGGAGAGUACGGAAUUUUUGGCUACAUAAAAAAAUAUAACAAGGCGACAAACUGUCGACGUUAUCAAUACGAAACUUCUCGGCAAGUAUGCUGAACAAUCUUGGGGCCAAUGUGCUGGGCCCCAAGGAUUGUGAUCUACCGAAGGCGGCAAUCACAGCGUUGCACGCGGGCGUCAAUAGCUUUGGCCAAUUGCCCGUCGGCCCGAGCAUUGCGGAUCUUGGGGGCGGUGGUGCUGGACCCGGUGGACCUGGCGGUGGUGCCAGUGUGGGCGGUGUUGCCAGACUGCAUGUCACUGGUGGAUUGUGCGACAAUAGCAAUGUGUUAAACGGUGCCAGCAAUCACAGCAACAGCAACAACAGCAACAAUCACAGCAAUAGCAACAACAGCGGCAACAACAACAACAACAACAACGGAAACAGCGGCAACAACAUGCAACAACAGGAUCAGCAUCUCGAUAAAAACAAGCAGAAACGUCAUCGCACUCGCUUCACGCCGGCGCAACUCAAUGAACUGGAGCGUUGUUUCUCCAAGACACAUUAUCCCGAUAUCUUUAUGCGCGAGGAGAUCGCAAUGCGCAUCGGUCUCACCGAGUCCCGUGUCCAGGUUUGGUUCCAGAACCGUCGCGCCAAGUGGAAGAAGCGCAAGAAGACCACAAAUGUGUUCCGCACACCUGGCGCCCUCUUGCCCUCACAUGGCCUGCCACCGUUUGGGGCAAACAUCACGAACAUUGCCAUGGGCGAUGGGCUCUGUGGCACGGGAAUGUUUGGCGGUGAUCGUUGGAGUGUGGGAGUAAAUCCCAUGACGGCAGGUUUUGGCCAGCUUAAUCAAUCGUCACCGCUUUCGUCCUCGCUGAAUAGCGGCCUCAAUUCGGGCCUAAACAUGGGCUCCGCCCUCGGUGCCGGCAGCUAUCAGCAUUAUGGCCUAAAUGCAUUGGGCGACUCGAUGAUGUAUCAGCACAGCGUGGGCGGGGGGGUGAGCUGCGGACCGGGCGGCUCCCCGAGCGCCACGACACCGCCCAACAUGAACAGCUGCUCGUCGGUGACGCCGCCGCCGUUGUCGGCGCAGCCGAAUGCCGCACAGAACGAACUCAAUGGCGAGCCCAUGCAGGCACACCAACCACAGCAGCAGCAACAAACUCACCAACAGCAGCAAGUAACUCACCAGCAACAGCAACAGUCAGCAACACCAACACAACAGCAGCAGCAGCAGCAGCAGCAACAACAGCAGCAGCAACAUCAGCAACAGCAGCAGCAACAACAACAGCAACAGGAUAGCGUCAAUUUGCUGCCGCAUUGUCAUCAGGCCAUGCAGUCGCCAGAUGGCGCCACCGAUGAGGAUGUGUGGCGAGGACACAGCAUUGCAGCGCUGCGACGGCGAGCAUCGGAACUAAACGCAACAGCAAUACCAUCGUACUUGCAUCACGCUGCUGCCGCCCACAACAACUACGAGCAUCACAAUUCGGUCUACUGAAAUUUGUUGAAAAGCUUUGAAAGCUUUUCGGAUUACGGUUUUUCCAAUUGCGGCACUCACGAGUUUUAGAGUCCACACCAACAGUUUGAGAGUCACUUUAAGCUUAGGUUUAAACUUAAGAUUUAACCAAAAUUUAUAUUUAAAAAAAAAAUAUUAUAAAAUUUAAUGAGUUUCUUGAUUUUCAUUAUUUUCAUUAUUAUUUGCAAAAGAUUGUCCAUGAAGCGAAGAUUUUGAACUUAAAAGACUAUAAUGAAUGUAAACGAUGUAUACGAGAUGAGAACUUGAAAAGCAACUCAAUUCAAUGAGCUAUUUUUAGUGGCAUUAGAGCAAGACGAAGACAUAGAAGAAGAAGAAGAAGCAGCAGCAGAAGAAAGAGUAAAAGAGAUAGAACUAACUCCAUAUAUACAAACACUAUAAAUGUACGACUAUUGAAAAUAUUAAAUAUUGUAUUAAAUUAAGCUGAUGACAAAACAAUUUAAAACUUAAUGAAAACUUUGCUUAAAAUAUGCAAAAAUUAAUUAGAAUUAAUUAUGAAAAUAAUAUCCUAAUAAUAUUAGAUUGAAACAUAACUGUAUACGAAAUUGUAAAAGGUUUUUUAGGCAACAAACAAAUAAAAAAUGACAAGUCUAACAUAAAAAUUGUAUAAAAGGAAAAGAAAAUUCGGAAAAGCGCCCAAAACAUUUUCCUGGGGUGUCACAAUAAUUUUGCAAAAAUUUUCGCAUGCUUCGACGUAAUUUUAAGAGCAUAAUAAUAAAAUUAAAUAUAUAUAAUAAAAAUAAUAUUAAAUAAAUGAAUAUAUAUGCCUAUAUAUAGGAUAUAUGUAUAUGUAUAACGUGUUAAUCUUAAGCAUUUGUAGUUGUAUUAAUUAAGUGUUGUUGUUUUUGUGUAUAGCUCAUUAUUGUUUAGUUCUUUUGCUAUACUUAAUUAUUAUAAACACACAAACAUCAAUUGUUUAAAUGCAAUAAACAAAACAGAAAUAUAACCUAAGCAAGAAUAACGAACAAAACGGAAGAGUUAAAACAAAAUGAACAAUGAAAAACAGUUGCCAAUGCACCGAUAAAUGAAUGAAUUAAUUAAUUAUCUAAUUAAUUAGCUGACGUAUGCGUUUGAUUUAAUUUUAAUAUACAUACUAAAGAUACAUAAUUAAAUGGAAUACUUGUAAUAGACUUUCUUCUAAUGUUUAAGCCUACAUUUACACAUCAACAAAAAUGCUACAACAAAAAAACAAAACAAACAAAAAAA